AUGUCAACACAGGCACAACAAGAAUACGUGACUCUUAUCUCUGGCGACGGCUUCGAGUUCGUCGUCCCGCGCAGCACAGCCUGUGUUUCGGGGACAAUACGCCGCAUGCUAGACCCAUCCAGCAACUUCUCAGAAGCCAUCACAGGACGCUGCGUCCUCGAAACCCUGAGCGGCGUGGUCCUGGAGAAAGUAUGCGAGUACUUCUGCUACAAUCAGAAGAACAAGGAGCAGGCGAAUGUGCCGGAUAUGGAGAUCCCGCCGGAGCUGUGCUUGGAGUUGUUGAUGGCGGCGGAUUAUUUGGAUACCUAG